AGGUGGGCAGUCAGUCAACCUCACGGUCAUUGCUCUCAAAGUCAAAAUCAAACCUUAUGCUCAAACAAGUCGCUUCUACUUGAUUACUUUUCACCUUUAUUCUGGUAAGCCAGUUUUGGAAAUGUUAAAGAGACACUCUUAUGGCUGUACAGGCCCAAUUCAACAGCUCCUCUAGCUCUGACCCAAUCUCUUAUGAAGAAGGAUCGGGUCCAUUGGCAGUCAUCAUUAUCCCUAGCUUGCUAGCUCUCAGCACCUUGAUCGUUGUGUCUCAGAUAAUAUGGAGCUUUAUUACCAAAAGAGCAUCAGCUCAGAAUAACACAGGAUCAUCUUCAAAUGUAAAUGAAGGGGACCCUGUACCUUUGGACACGGGCUUUGGGAACAUGCGGCCUGCACAGGAUGCUCUGGAUCCUUGGGAGAUACCUGCUCUGUGCACUCUGGAGGGGGUGGAGCCGCUUCAGAUGGGACGUUAUGGGCCAAUCUGCAUGGGUCAGCUAAAACAAGACAACACAUCCACUGCUGUAGUGAUAAAAACUCUUAAAGAUGGGUCAAAUCAACUGGAGGCUACAGAAUUUGUGGAUUUUGUCCUUUUCCACAUAGCAGUGAGCAAACAUGAGAAUAUAGUCAAGAUGUUAUACUGUCAGACACGCCGGAUGCCCAUGUACCUGGUUCUGGAGGCAAGUGUUCCAGGAAACCUCCUGCAUUUUCUCUGGAGUCUUCGAGAGGACAGAUGUGGCGCAAGUGACAACUUCCAGAUGUUUUCAGAGAGGUCUGUUUAUCUUGUAGCUAAACAGGUAGCAGCAGGACUGGACUAUUUACACUCCUACCACAGAAUUGUUCAUGGGUAUGUCGCAGCCCGGAACAUUUUGAUUGGUCCAGGGCUCUCUGUAAAAGUCUCUGGAUUGGAUUUGGCUUUUAAGAGCCGACAGUUGAGAAUGGUGGACAGAGAACAAGAAGCCAAUGUGCCGGUAAAAUGGAAGGCCCCUGAACGGAUGAUGAGACUCCCCCUAACAGACAGAAGUGAUGUAUGGUCCUUUGGAAUCCUGCUUUAUGAGAUGAUAACCCUGGGGUCUCCUCCCUAUCCUGACCUGGAUCCAUCUGAAGUGCUGCCAAACACUUUAGCCCAUUACCGAAUGAAAAGACCAGAAAACUGUGGAGCUCCAUUGUAUGACUUAAUAAAGUACUGCUGCAUGUGGAACUUCAAGGACCGGCCUGUGUAUUCUGCCAUUAUUCGGCUUCUAGACUCAUACAAAUACUUUGCUGACACAAAACCACUUUGCGCUGGACAGCAAGUGGACAUCUGUGAAUACAGGAGGAAAGCAGGACUGCCUCAUUGAGAUCUAUUCAAUCAAAGAAACGUUUAAUUGGUCAUUUCUACAGUGCUUGGAAAUGGCACAGUUGAUUAGGUUCCAGUAAGACUGACAUCAAUUAAUAAUAAUAAAGUCUAGCCUUGUCACAACGAGCAGGAUGUCACUAGAUGUCUCCCUAUUUCUUGAAACUGGAGAUUGCAUGCAUAGUGAUCAACUAAAAUUAAUCUUAAUGCUUCCAGCUAAAUUAAUUUGUUACUAAUGUAAAACCAAAAAAAUAAGAAGCUUUUUAAAACCUUUUUUUUUUUUUUUUGGCUAAAGCCAUAUUAUUUAUCUAAAGUAGGAUGACCAUAUAGCCUCUUUUCCCCAUGUAUAUCCUGGCAGGUGAUUUUUUAAUUUGCUAAAGACUCCAGGUUUUGGUUUUAUUUUCCUGCUGGCAUGCUCUCUGUGGACAUUUACAGAAAUUAUAGACCCAGUCAUUUUAGGAAAUUUAGAAAUCCCAACCAGGACAUAUACAGGAAAAAGAGGACAUGCAGCCACCCCAUUUAGUGUUAUGACAGAUUUAUUGUUAACAAUAGCAAGGGGUAUAAAAAUAGAAAUCAUAGGCCUACUCAUGUUCAAGUAUAUCUACUGUAUGCCAAUUUGUUUCUCAAAGGUCAAAGUACCUAGUCAAUAAAUGUGAACUUAAACUGAAAAUAAUAUUGGAAAUGUUAAUUGCAGUUCAGUAUUUAUAUGUAAAAAGGCUUGGGUAUUUUUUUCUAGCUUUCUAUUGCCUCAUUGUCCCUCAUCUCUAUACAAGCAUUUGUUUAUAUUUGUCUUGCACCUACUUUUAUGUAACUGUUUGCCGUGUCUGCUGAAUUAAAUGUUCUGACAGUUUAAGUGACAGAUUUUCUCAUUAAAAUAACUAAAAGCAACCUAUCUGAUCACCUUUUUUUGUCUGUUAUGGGACAGAUCAACAUCUUAACUGACUCGAUUUGACUAAACCUAUAGUUACUGUUUUUUUGCAGUAAUACAAAGCUGAAAAUCCUGCAGUUUUGAUGGAAAUAGCAUGAUACACAAACACAAUUCUUCUUAACACCACUAAAUUUUAAUAAAAAGUAACCACAAGUGGUGUACAGAGCACAGAAUAUGCCUCAAUACUGUUAUGUUGCAGGGUAUCAACUUCCCACUGUAACCGUGAACAGUACAUAGCAAAUCCAAUGGAAAAUCACUCGCUAAACACAAGCAAUUACUGAUAGCAGUGAGUCAGGAAGCAGAACCCCUUAAAACAGAGGUUAAAUGGUACAGGUAAACUCAUUUAUCAAAACUAAAGCAACUGUCAUAUUGUUACAAACCGUUUGUUUCGAAGGCCCACUUAAUAUUAUAUGAGACAUGAAGUAUUUUAGGUUACACAUUAUCCAGGCAAUUGAUAAAGUACAGUAUAUUAUGAUGCCUACUGUAGUGUUUUUACAUGAAAAUACACAAAUCAUAUGAAUAAAAUUCCCUUAUGGUCAUUUUUUAAAAUGUUAUAUAUUUAAUCAGAUAUUUGAUUAUGAUUGAGAGCUGAGUUUUG